ACCCCUGCAGCUCCCGCGCGCAGACCGAUGUCUGGUGGGCAGAGGGCAGGCGGCAAGGCCUGGGUGCAACCGAGGCUGGCGCCGUUGGCGUCCGCGGCCCGGCGCAGGCCGGGGUCAAGGCCAGGGCGCCGAGUGGCGCGGGAGGGGUGGCCGGACGCGCGAGGCCGGGAAGGGAUGUGACGAGCGGCGCGCUGUGCAUUGUGGGAAUCCCGGGGCCGCCGCGAGUGGUUCCAGUUCACUGGUUCCAGCGGAGCCGGGCGGAGGGCGCGAGCGCGGGACGCGCGGGCGGGAAGCGAGGAGGCGUGGGCGGGCAGGCAGGAGUGCGGAGCGGACCGGCGCAAGAGGCCGACCGGGCUCGGGCCCCUCACCGUGCAGCCGCCCGUGAGCUUGCUGAUCUGUUUCUGGGGCCGUCGCCAUGUCGAGCCGUGGUGGGAAGAAGAAAUCCACCAAGACCUCCCGGUCAGCCAAGGCCGGGGUCAUCUUCCCCGUGGGACGGAUGCUGCGGUACAUCAAGAAAGGCCACCCUAAGUAUCGGAUCGGAGUGGGGGCGCCUGUGUACAUGGCUGCCGUACUGGAAUACCUGACCGCUGAGAUCCUGGAGCUGGCCGGCAAUGCAGCGAGAGACAACAAGAAGGGGCGGGUCACACCGCGGCACAUCCUGUUAGCAGUGGCCAAUGAUGAGGAGCUAAACCAGCUGCUAAAAGGAGUCACCAUAGCCAGUGGGGGCGUGUUGCCGAACAUCCAUCCUGAGUUGCUAGCGAAGAAACGAGGAUCCAAGGGAAAAUUGGAAGCCAUCAUCACGCCUCCACCAGCCAAAAAGGCCAAGUCUCCAUCCCAGAAGAAGCCAGUGGCUAAGAAAACAGGAGGCAAGAAAGGGGCCCGGAAGUCUAAGAAGCAGGGAGAAGUCAGCAAGGCAGCCAGCGCAGACAGUACAACGGAGGGCGCGCCUACAGACGGCUUUACUGUCCUCUCUACCAAGAGCCUCUUCCUCGGCCAGAAGUUGCAAGUUGUUCAGGCUGACAUUGCCUCGAUCGACAGUGAUGCUGUCGUUCACCCGACAAACACUGACUUCUACAUCGGUGGUGAAGUAGGAAGCACACUGGAGAAGAAAGGUGGCAAGGAGUUUGUAGAAGCUGUUCUGGAACUUCGGAAAAAGAAUGGGCCCUUGGAAGUAGCUGGAGCUGCUGUUAGUGCAGGCCACGGCCUGCCUGCCAAGUUUGUGAUCCACUGUAACAGUCCUGUCUGGGGCGCAGACAAAUGUGAAGAACUUCUAGAAAAGACGGUGAAAAACUGCCUGGCUCUAGCUGAUGACAGAAAGCUGAAGUCCAUCGCCUUCCCGUCUAUUGGCAGUGGCAGGAACGGGUUCCCGAAGCAGACAGCCGCCCAACUCAUUCUGAAGGCCAUCUCCAGCUACUUUGUGUCCACUAUGUCGUCCUCCAUCAAAACUGUGUACUUUGUGCUUUUUGACAGUGAGAGCAUAGGCAUCUACGUGCAGGAAAUGGCCAAACUGGAUGCCAACUAGGCCAGCGUUCCCUAGAGCCAGCACAUGUCGUGGCCCCCACCUCCAACUGGAAAGAAAGAAAAAAAAAGAAAAAAAUCCCCUCGGCUCUUAUGGGGAGGUGGGGGCUCCUUUCCUUUUCAGUUCUGCUCAUCUAGGGGAAAUAAGGUUUUGGUUUCCGGUUUGAUUGUUUUUGGCCUUCUACAAUGUUUUCUGUUAGCACUGAUAGCUGGCAUUGUCCUUGCUAAGCACUGCGUUCCAGACCGUGUCUGACUUAGUUAACCUAGGAGAUUUUAUAGUUUUACUUUAAUGAAGUCCUGAUUAACACAGAGCAGUGGAGAGACCGUGCCCCUGUGUCAGCAGCAGCAGCAGCAGCAGCAGGAAGCCCCGUUUGUAACGCGUGUUGUGGUGCUUUACUGUACACCCAGUGGCGUUCUUUUUACUAUUACGGUUUUUCCCCCUCAGAAGAGAAAAAAAAAUCAUAAAAUUUGCAACAGACCUAA